AUGACGAAAACCUGCGAGGGGAGCUACUGGACCCCAUUUGGAAACAUAAACCCUAGUUUUACCGCUCGACUCACAUACAGGAGACAAAGGGGUCAGGAAAGCAAGGCGCUCAAGCUCUGGAUUUCGAGAUGUGACAAUCAGGUUGGCCCACAGGAUGCCAUGUUUGUAUCGGAGAACGUCGUUCCGCAAGGGCCUGGACCUCUGAAAGCAAACAUUACAUACAUUUGA